GUGCUUUUCAGGUGCCAUGAACACUUUACCCCUGCAUAAUUUGUCGGGAGAGUUUUUCGUAGAUGAAGUCUUCAACAUGUCCUGUUUCGAUUAUGUGCCGGUUGUUGAGCUGCCUGAGAUUGGGAAGCGACAGCAAGGGUACUUAACUCUGACAAACUUUAGACUGCGAUUCCACAGGCAGCAGAUCAAAGACAAAGAGGUGUCGAAGUGUGAGCCCAUCAUUAAUAUUCCUCUCGGGUUCAUCAGGGACUUUAAAGUUACUACAGCCUCGACUAACAACAAAUGCGAGAUAGUCUUCUAUACCAGGCUGAUAGUAGAUCUAACUUUUGAGAUCAGACAAACACAGAAGAGUUCAGCAGAGGCAAUGUUAAUCAGCGGCGAUAGUAGUGGCAACAAUAAACUAACAUGGAAGAACCAAAGGGACAUUCUCAUCAGGAACUUUGUUCAGCUUGCAUUCCCCCUUGAUCAGGAGAACUUCGAUGACUGUCGACUGUUUGCCUACCUACACAAGAAGGACAGUGAGCCAGACCCUGGCUGGAAGUAUUACCAGGGACUGCGCCAGGAGUACAAGCGCAUCCUGGACGAGCAGAAGAGCCACUCGCAGUUCUGGAGGGAGGAGGACAACCUCAACUACAACAUCACAGAGACAUACCCCGAGUUUUUUUAUGUGCCGAGCAAAGUGAAGCAUGAAGAGCUCAGAGCAGUGAAAGAAUUCCGAACAAAAGGUAGAAUUCCGGUGCUAAGUUGGUGCCACCCUACGAAGGGAUCUGUGAUUGCCAGAAGUAGCCAGCCGAGAACUGGGGUGGGACACUGGAACUCAUCCACGGCAGACCAGAGCUACAUUGAAGCACUGCGGGACUCCAGUCUAGCCGAGCAGCUGACCAUCGCGGACGCCAGACCGAAAAAGAACGCAAUAGCUAACAUGGCCAGAGGGGGAGGCACUGAAGCAGGAAUGAUAGGCAAGAAUCAGACAGGAUACACAGCCGAGGGACGCCUCACAAAUGUCAAAUUCUUUGAGAUAGACAACAUACAUGUAGUGAGGGGUUCCUUUGAAAAGCUUAAGAACCUGCUGAGUUGUCCAGUACAUAACGACUUCCACGAGCGACUGGAAAAGACUGGCUGGCUAGCAUACAUCCAGAGGAUCCUGUUCGCAGGAGUGGCCGUGGCUGAAAAGAUAGAAUGUGAGUCGCAGUCUGUGUUAGUGCACUGUUCCGAUGGGUGGGACAGAACAGCUCAGAUAGUGUCUCUGGCCAUGUUGAUGUUGGAUCCAUUCUACAGGACUAUGGAGGGAUUUGCUACAUUGAUUGAGAAAGAGUGGACUGCUUUUGGUCACAAGUUUGCUGAGAGAAAUGGAACGUGCAGACAGAGUCUGGAGAAGGAGGAGUCGCCCAUCUUCCUCCAGUUCAUAGAGUGUGUGUGGCAGAUGCACUCCCAGUUCACACUCGCGUUCGAGUUCAACCAGCUGUUCCUCAUUAAGAUACUGGACGGUUUCUACAGCAACCAGUAUGGAACAUUCCUCUACUCCAGCGACAAGGAACGACAAAGCCAUAAUGUGGGCGAGAAGAGCAAGUCGAUCUGGACGGAUUUGUUGUUUGACGAGGAAGAGAGGAGGGGGCUGUUGAACCCACUAUUCAACCGGAAUUUCAGCAGGAAUAAGGGGGCCCUUCUGCCCUCAGUGUCCACUAGGGCCAUGAAGCUCUGGAGGGCAUACUACUUCAGGCACAACCCACUCUUCUGCCCUAGAUAUGAUAUCCGAGCUGCCAACUUGCAACUGCUAGCUACCAUUGAAGCCUUGAGACAGACGGAAAUAGCGCGCAAGUAUCAGCAGCAGCAGAUGAAGGCGUCAACACAGUCUCACAACAGCGCUCAACAACAACAAACAGCCCCCCAAAAGGGGGAGAAAGAGGGCCAAGGUCGAAGGGUAACCACCACCCCUAAUACAGUACCACUGGGAACAGAGAUCCCUUCCCCCACCACAGAAGUAUCAUCAUCUACCCCCAUCUCAACGUCGUCUUCUUCCGGGGUAAUUGGGGUGGUGGGGGUCACUCAGUCUGAAGUGACGCCAGUGAGAAUUUCGACACCUCAAUUGAACUUAUCGGUUGCGAAUAAAGUAGCAGAUAGCAUUUAAACAGUAGAUGAAUUAUUAUAGAAACAUUCGCUCGCAUGGCCUUUAUUGAAACAAUUAUUGAACUGGAUUAACGAGCUUUUCCAAAACUUGAAAACAAUAUUUAGCUUCAGUUAUGGGAGAUCGUUUGCAAUAAUAGACUGAAUUGGCUACUAUAAAAAUCAAUGUGCCUAGUCUUCGACUUUUUUCAUAUUAAUUUACUUCAAUUAAUUUUUCUAUAUAUACGUAAAUGUUCUCCCAAAGAAAUGAGAGCUAUAUCCAAUUCUUGCGCCGCGCUGAUAAACAGGUCAUUUUAAACG